AUGACUAUAAUCAAGCAUCAAAACUCUGAUAAUUCAGAUAUAGGAGGAGAAAAGUGGAAGAAUAGAUUUUCUAUAUUGAGGAUACAUGAACGUCAUCCUGAAGAAGAAUCAAAAGUUCACAGAUUUUCCUUGAGGAGGCCACAUAUUAGAGAUCAUGGUACAUAUCGGAAUUCUGGAUCAAAAACCUUACAACAUAAUGCAUUGAUAAAUCCAGGAAGAAUUGCAGCCUUUUUUAAUUAUAAAGCAGACGAACACAAUACAAAUAAUUUCCAUAUAAAGCAACAAGGUUUAUCAAUAUUCCCACCAGGUCCAGAUAUGGAAGGUGACAGAUAUAGCCGAUAUAUUUUUCAAAAAAGUGGUAGCGACUCAUUUUUUAAACGCCCCAGCAAAGUUCUGGAAGAGAAGAAAGAUGAUGAUGAUGAUGAUGAGGAUACUGAAUCAUGGUUUUGGUUUAUUGCACAUAUUAUUUUCCCAGACAAGGCUCCAGUAAUAUGGCUUUCAUUUUUGUUCUUAGACUCCAUAGUAGCAGGUUUUAUGUCCUUAAUAUCGAAUAAAUCAGCCCCUAAUUCAAUGAAAAUUGGUAUAUGCAUAUUUUUCAUUGACUUUGCAAGUUACUUAUGUUUUAUGAUUCUUAGGUUGAUUAUGUUUAAAAGAAUAUUACCAUGGCUAUGUCCUGAAGGAAGAAUUUUUGCUGCUUUAUCAGGAACUGCAGAUCCAGAACUGUUAUAUUCUAUUUGGGCAGGAGAAAUUGCACUUUUAUGGUAUAUCCAACUACCAUAUGAUUCUCAUUCAAAUACGUAUAGAGUUUACAUGUUUUUAGGAGAUCAUGAAAUAACAGCUUUAGCUGGUUCAUUUUUAAUUAGAGGUCGAUUAAUAGUUCUAGUGUUUGCUAUCAGGAGACUUGUACUAUCAUUUAUAAUGUUUUUCUUUAUGUUAGACUUUAUAAGCUCAAUAUCAAAGUUACUCAUUGGAUUUUUAAUGAAGUAUAGAUUUUUAAGACAAAUUAAUUGUACUUGGUCAAAAUUACAACCUCAUAUUGUAGGUGGUUUGAGAAUCCAACCAAAUAGUUCUGAUCCCAUAUUUCUGAGUGGAUACUCCAAAAAAUCUUCUUAUUUGAAAUCAAAGCCAUUAAAUAGAGGAGACUCUAUAACACUCCCUUAUUUUCUUACUGAGACAGGUAUUGAACAAAUUAAAAAAAAAAAAUAUCAAAAUUGGUUAGCUGUACAAUUUGUAAGACAAUAUUAUACCUUAUUUUUUGUAGAAAAUCAAUAUGUGGAAUUAAAAAAUAAAAAGGAUGCAAGAUUAUAUGCAAAGAAACUUUUUAAUGAUAUGGCAGAACAUUCAAAUGAAAUUCUUAUUUUUAUGGGUAAAUGGAAGGCCAAAAAGAUAGAAAAAAUUAUAGAACCUAAAAUGUGUGGUGAGGAAAUAGAGCAUAAAGAUUUGUCGAAAUUCAUCGAAGUACCAUCAUUUACUGAAUCAUAUGAUAAUAUUUCUCAAUUAUCUUCUUUAAGUGAAAACUCUCAAAUUAUUCGGGAGAAAAGCAACCUUGUAGAUAUAUCAUUAGAAAAAGUCGAUACUACAGAAUUUCCCCAGGACUUGCAAAGGUUCAACACGUCAUAUCCAGUUCCAGAACCACCUAUGGCUGACCGCAGAGAUGUCCAAGAACCAUUUGAUAAAUAUAAAAUACCAAUAAUAUUUCCAACUGAAUUAGCUCCUGAUGGCACUACGGAUUUCUUUGCUAAAAGUAAAAUCAAGCCACCAAUAGUAGCGAGCAAAAGUUUAGAUGUUAUAGGAACGACAACUAAAAAAUUUCCCAAUAGAAUAAACGAAAAUUUUCCUACUAAUUUACAUGAAUAUCCUAGUAAUAUAAGAACACAAAAUAUUGAUAUAUUUCAUGAUGAUGAAAAAGAACCUUUAGAACUGAACUAUGAUGUUCUCAAAGUUCUCUAUGGGGAUUCAAUAGAUAAUAUCCUAAAACGUAUAGAUCCAUCUGGAAGAAAAAGUUACAAUGAAGAUGACUGGGUAAGACUAGUAGUGUCUAUGUAUGAAACUAGAAAAAAGAUGAUUAAUACUCUUGAGUCUCAGGAGGGAAUUGCAAGAGUAUUCCAGCGAAUGGUUUCGAUUGUAUUAUUCUUCUUUUCAUUUAUUUUUAUACUUAUAAUAUUGGGGGUCAAUGUAAACACUCUUGUUAUUUCUGGAGCUGCUAUCAUAUCCUCUUUAUCUGUGGCCUUGAACCGUCUUUAUAGCAACUUUAUUAGUUCCGUUAUUUUUGUGGUUUUUGAGAAUCCCUAUAAUCAAGGAGAUCGUGUCAGGAUUAAUGGAAGUCAAGUUAUGACAGUACGUAAGAUUGGUACAUUCUGUACCACAUUCUCCAAUAAACAAUCUACACCUGUCAUGUAUCCUCAUUCUUGGUUAACAGAUCAAAAUAUUGCAAAUGAAAGUCGUUCAGUACAAAGUAGUGACUUUAUUACCUUCUACAUAUCAGAUUCAACAAGUCCUUUUGUAUUUGAUGCAUUUAUUACUAUUAUAAAACAGUAUGCAGAUGAUAGGCCUCUUCAAUUUACAAAAAAUUCUAUUUGGGUAUAUAUCUGCUCUGUACAACCUGGACAUUAUAUUGAAACACGUAUCUCAUUUUGUAAUUUAAACCCAGCUUAUGAAUGGGAUAAAUUAUUAGAGAUAAGGACUCCAUUUUAUCUUUUUAUAUUGCACACAAUGAGACAACUUGGAAUCGAAUACUUCCUACCUGAGAGCCGUGUUAUAUAUUCUUCAUGGGAAGAAAGGUUUAAAGGAAGAAAUCAAGGCAUAGAUUUUUCUCGUACAAUUAGAAGUCACAAAUUUUAG